AUGAGCAGCGCAACCCUACACGAGAAGCGAAACCAUAUCUACGACGAUCUUGCCAAACUGCACGAGAAGCUGGAGAAUGUCAAAGGUCCAUCCUGUUCUCGCUCUCUUCUGAAAGUCAUAGGUAUCCACGAUGUUCCUGUUGAUAUACUCCCCACCUCCAUCCCCGAGUUCAACCCGGUCUUCUUCAUCCCCCCGAAUAGAAACUUCUAUCUCGAGACGCCGUAUCCUCGCUCAACCCAUGUCUCGCAUAGCGCCGAAGAGGACAACUCUAGCUCCUCUGAUCUGAGAUACCCUUACCUUCUGCGUCGAGCAGAUACCCAGCUGGCCAGUACUGUAGUUUCGCGGUGGUCCUCCGUGACGGGGUUCACUUCAUUCCGAAACGAUGGCGCAAUCGCAAAAGGAAAAUGGCCCUUCCGGGACGAACUCACCCUAUACCAGAUAGACAGCGCCUCCCACCAGUGGACGGUAUCCGAAGUGCUCGAGUGUCCCCACCAUACCCACCCCCAUGUCGUCUUUGACUUGGCUUCCUCGGGGGAUGCGCAGUCUGAUGAGCAGUCCAACCUCGUGCUGCAGCUUAAGGUGGGCGAAAUUAAGUCGAUUGUUCGCGUGAUGAGGAUUGCUAUGGAGAGGGAGUAUAAUCGGGAGUGUUUGGUUGUGCCGGUCCUCCUCCUCUCCUACACCCCCCCAAAUCACGGCCGCAUCAUCCAAGCCCACCACAGCGGCUCAAACCUCGUCAUCCAAUACACCCCGCGCGUCGCCUUCGACGACCCGGCCUUUUCCCUUGCGGAACUCUUCCUGCGCUAUUACUGCAGUAAUCCCGUGCUUCCGAUGGAUGAGUUGGAUCCGUGGGGCGAGAAUUAG